GUGCGAAAUACGAAGACGGGCCUCAGCUUGAAGCUGAACACUCUCAAUAUCGACCAAUGAACAGUCUUUUCCCGCUGGAAGUGCUGUAGUUACAUUUCGAUCACCAAAAUGUCGACCGCACAGCUGAAUCCGAGGCCCGUUCGCGUUUCUCCCCUAAUCAAGUUUGGGCGAUGGACCUUCCUCGGUGCUGGUAUCCUCUGGGGUAUCUACCAUCAGAACAAAUUUUCAAAACUUGAAGCCGCUUUCCAAGAGGUCGAGGCCAGGGAAAAGCCGAUCCGUGAUGCAAAAAUAGCAGCGGAAAAGAAGCGUCUAGCUGAGAUUGAGAUGACGGAGCUAGAAAAACAGAUGAAAUGAUCACCCGACAGCCACAUCUCAUCCGCUCCUAGUGUACAUUGGUCAUAAUUUAACUGUAACAUAACCAAUAUUUGGAUUAACAUCUCUGUGCUUCUCUUUGUAUGCAAUACAUACACCAGUGGAAAGAAGCUUGCAAUGGAAGUUAUUCGCCAAUUACUGAUAUAUACGUUUAGUUAAUAAAUCAAACUAAAUUAAA